CACCAUUGAUACCCCAUUAUGUAUGAAGAAGCUAACGGUGACUCUCACCCGCCAAGGACCCUCCAUCAAUGCCCUCAUAUCUCAAAACCUCCAUCCCCGAGCUCUCAAAGCUUCUCUCUCUCCACGCUCUUCGUUCCUUACAGACCAAAUCUACUCUCAUUUCAUCAAAUCAGGCCAUUCUCUAGACCCCUUUCUCUCCACCACUCUCAUCUCCCACUUCGCCAAACAUGCUGACUUCUCGCGCGCCUUUUCCUUCUUUCUCGACACUCCUAAACCCGACAUAACCUCUUUCAACUCCCUCAUCUAUGGUUUCGCUCGGUUUAGCCUAGCCAGGCCGGUUCUUGAGUUGUUUAAUGAGUUGAGGCAUCUGGGUUUGACCCCUGACGUGUUCACAUUGAGUGGUUUAGUUAAAGGGUGUGGGAGUUUAGAACAAAAUGAGAUUGUUCACGGGGUUUGUUUGAGACUGGGGUUUGGAAAUGGAGCUUUUGUGGUUAGUGGACUGAUUGAGAAUUAUGGUAAAAGUGGGAACUUGGUUUCGGCUGAGAAGUGUUUUGAGGAGUGUUUGGAUGUUGAUAAUGUUGUUCUUACGGCUAUGCUUUGUGGUUAUUUUUGGAAUGGGGAAUUUGACAAGGGUAAACAGGUUUUUCUGGAAUUGAGGGCUUUGGGUUGUGAAUUGAAUGAAUUUAGCCUGACGGGUGUGAUCAGUGGCUUGUUUGAUGUAAAAGAAGGCCAACAGAUCCAUGGGUUUGGCUUAAAGAUGGGAUUUUUAUGUGGUGGUUCCCUUCAUCUUAACAAUGCUGUUAUGUGCAUGUAUUCUCGGUGUGGAAGUAAGUUGGACGCCGUUAAGUUAUUUGAUGAAAUUACUGAUCCAGAUGUUGUCUCGUGGACAGAAAGGAUAGGAGCAGCUUUUGAUGGUUUUGAGGCUUUUGGAAUUUUUAAGAGCUUACAUUGUAUAGGUUUGGGUGUUAAUGAAUAUACAAUGAUCAAUGUCUUAUCUGCUGUUUCAGCUGAGGGUUUGGUAUAUUUAGGGAGGCAAAUCCAAGCAGUUUGUCAGAAGGAAGGGUAUUUCAAGGUUGUUUUUGUUGGCAAUGCAUUAAUUUCUAUGUAUAAUAGGUGUGGGAAAUUGGAUGAUGCGAGGUGCAUUUUCGAUGAUAUGGUCUUUCGGGAUUCUGUGUCUUGGAAUUCACUGAUUGCUGGAUAUUUGGCUAAUGGUUACGUUAGUCGUGCUCUUGGGAUGUUUUCUUAUAUGCGUGGUCAUAAUGUAGAAAUGAAUCCUUAUACACUUUCUAGUAUCCUUGAAGUGGCAUCUGACUCUAAUUCUUUGCACCUUGUAGUGCAGAUACAUUCCCAUAUGAUUAAAUGUGGAUUCAUGUUGGACGAUUAUGUGGUGUCUAGCUUGAUAACAACAUAUGGGAAGUGUGGCAGCUUUGAUGAGUCGAGAAGGGUAUUUUUUGAUGUCGAUAAGAUGACUGCGAUGCACCUUAAUUCAAUGUUGAGUACUUUGGUUAAUGCUGAUUGUCAUGCUGAUAGUGUAGAUCUCUUCCGAAACAUGGUGGAUGUUAAACUUGAAGUGGACUGCAAUACUUUCAGCAUCAUUCUUAAAGCUUGCAGUGCUAUGACAAAUCUGGAACAGGGAAGAAACAUUCACUCACUGGCUAUUAAAUCUGGAUUCCAUCAAGAUUGCUAUGUAGAGACCGCUGUUAUUGACCUUUAUUGCAAGUGCGGAAACAUAGGCGAUGCGGAGAGGGCUUUUAGUUAUGCAUCGACAGAUAACUUGGCUGCAUGGAAUGCAAUGAUAACAGGAUAUGCUCAGCAUGGUUGCUAUAAUGAGGCUUUCAAGCUUUAUGAUAGAAUGAUCGUAUGUAGAAUUGAACCAGAUGAGAUAACUUAUCUUGGACUUCUUACUUCGUGCUGCCAUGCAGGGCUAACGCAAGAAGCACAGAGCUAUAUGAACUCUAUGGUCGAGUGUCACUGUCUAAUCCCACAUUUAGAACACUAUGCUUGCAUGGUUGAUCUGCUUGGCCGAGUAGGUCUCCUGGAAGAUGCAAAAAGGACGAUAGAUGAAAUGCCUAUCGAACCAGAUUCUCGUAUAUGGCAGAUUCUGCUCUCUGCAUGUUGCCUCCAUGGAAACUUUGAUACGGGAAGACUUGCGGCCAGCAAACUUCUGGAGCUGCAGCCUGGUAACGAAUCUGCCUAUAUUCUUCUUUCAAAUCUCUGUGCUUCGGCUGGUAUGUGGAAUGCUGUCAGAAAACUGAGAAGAGAAAUGAAGGUAAAACUACUUUGCAAGGAACCUGGUUCUAGUUGGAUUCAAGUAAGGGGAUCUACGCAUUACUUUUUUGCCAAUGACAUGUUGCACCCUGAACAUAAAGAAAUAUUUUUGGAGCUGUCAAAGUUGUACGAACAUAUGCAAGCUUCAAAGACAAUCGAACACGAUUCACUUUUUUAUUGGAUUUAUGAUCAUUGAAAAGGAUUCGUUAUCAUUGCUUUUGGAACUGAGAAUAUAGGUGUUUUGAUGUUCUAAGUUAUAGUCCAUCUUCCUUUUCUGUCAGGGAAUUUGAUGUGAUGAAACUUCUUGGAUUUUGGCAAGUUCAAUGGAAACUGGCAAUUUAACUAAAAUUCUAAGAACUUAACACAAUAAAGAAAAGAUGGCGAAGAAGAAGGAUUGCUUCAAUACAUUAAUAAGUAAAUUCGGUCC